AUGCCAUGUGUUCGGAGGAGCUGGCUUGCGAACCUUUCCGUUCUUGCCCAUCUCCUGAACUUUGGGACGCUCUGCCAUGGGCGACAGCCUCAGCCAAGCACGGUUCGCUUCGCGGACAGGAGGCAAGAACGCUUUAUCCAGACCCUGCCCGAGUACCAAGUGGUGGGUCCUGUCCGGGUGGAUGCGAGUGGGCGUUUCAUAUCCUAUGGCUUGCACCAUACCAUUCCCAGCAGCAGGAGGAAGAGAGAUUUGGAUGGCCCAGAUGACUGGGUAUACUACAGGAUUUCACAUGAGGAGAAGGACCUGUUCUUUAACUUGACAGCCCAUCAGGGAUUUCUUUCCAACGACUACAUUGUGGAGAGGCGAUACGGGAACCUCUCCCAUGUUAAGAUGGUGGCUUCCUCUGGGCCCCCCUGCCAUCUCAAGGGCACAGUUCUGCAUCAGGGUACCAGAAUUGGGACCGCAGCCCUCAGUGCCUGCCAGGGACUGACUGGAGUUUUCCAACUACCCCAUGGAGACUUUUUCAUUGAGCCUGUUAAACAGCAUCCACUGACUGAGGGGCAGUACCACCCACACAUCAUUUAUAAGAGGCAGAGGAGGAGAGCUCCAGAGACACAGGAGACAACUUGUGGAUUAAACGAUGGUUCUGGCACUUUCCAGAAGCAAGAACUGCAGAGGGAGAGGUGGGAGCGGAACCACCUGCCAAGCAGAAGCCUCUCUCGGCGUUCCAUCAGCAAAGAGAGAUGGGUAGAGACUCUGGUGGUGGCUGACACGAAGAUGGUUGAGUAUCACGGCAGUGAGAAUGUGGAAUCCUAUAUCCUCACCAUCAUGAACAUGGUUGCUGGAUUGUUCCACAACCCAAGCAUUGGCAAUGCAAUUCACAUUGUUGUGGUCCGGCUCAUUCUACUUGAAGAAGAAGAGCAAGGAUUGAAAAUAGUGCAUCAUGCAGAGAAGACUCUGUCCAGCUUCUGCAAGUGGCAAAAGAGCAUCAACCCCAAGAGUGACCUUAACCCUGCCCAUCACGAUGUGGCUGUCCUUCUCACCAGAAAAGACAUCUGUGCUGGUGUCAAUCGUCCAUGUGAGACCCUGGGUCUGUCGCAUCUGUCAGGAAUGUGCCAGCCUCACCAGAGCUGUAACAUCAAUGAAGAUUCUGGACUCCCACUGGCUUUCACGAUUGCCCAUGAGCUUGGACACAGCUUCGGCAUCCAGCAUGAUGGGAAAGAGAAUGACUGUGAGCCCGUGGGCAGGCACCCGUACAUCAUGUCCCGCCAGCUCCAGUACGAUCCCACCCCACUGACCUGGUCCAAGUGCAGCAAGGAAUACAUCACCCGCUUCUUAGAUCGAGGUUGGGGUUUCUGCCUUGAUGACAUCCCCAAAAAGAAAGGCUUGAAGUCCAAGGUCAUUGCUCCAGGAGUGAUCUAUGAUGUUCACCAUCAAUGCCAACUUCAAUAUGGUCCCAAUGCUACCUUCUGCCAGGAAGUAGAAAAUGUCUGCCAGACUCUUUGGUGCUCCGUGAAAGGCUUUUGUCGCUCUAAGCUGGAUGCUGCUGCAGAUGGAACAAGAUGUGGUGAGAAGAAGUGGUGUAUGGCGGGCAAGUGCAUCACAGUAGGAAAGAAACCAGAGAGCAUCCCUGGAGGCUGGGGCCGCUGGUCUCCCUGGUCUCACUGCUCCAGGACAUGUGGGGCUGGAGCCCAGAGUGCAGAGAGGCUCUGCAACACCCCUGAACCAAAGUUUGGCGGGAAGUACUGCACUGGAGAAAGAAAACGCUAUCGCCUAUGCAACGUCCACUCCUGCCGCUCGGAUACACCCACAUUUCGGCAGAUGCAGUGCAGUGAGUUUGACACCGUUCCCUACAAGAAUCAAUUCUACCGUUGGUUUCCUGUUUCUAAUCCAGCACAUCCUUGUGAGCUCUACUGCCGACCCAUAGAUGGCCAGUUUUCUGAGAAAAUGCUGGAUGCUGUCAUUGAUGGUACCCCUUGCUUUGAAGGAGGCAACAGCAGAAAUGUCUGUAUUAAUGGCAUAUGUAAGAUGGUCGGCUGUGACUAUGAGAUAGAGUCCAAUGCCACGGAGGAUCGCUGCGGCGUGUGUCUUGGAGAUGGCUCUGCCUGCCACACUGUCCGGAAGAUAUUUAAACAGAAAGAAGGAUCUGGUUAUGUUGACAUUGCACUCAUUCCAAAGGGAGCAAGGGACAUACGGAUAAUGGAAGUUAAGGGAGCUGGGAACUUCCUGGCCAUCAGGAGUGAAGACCCAGAAAAGUAUUACCUGAAUGGAGGAUUUAUUAUCCAGUGGAAUGGGAACUACAAACUGGCUGGGACUGUCUUCCAGUAUGACAGGAAAGGAGAACUGGAGAAACUGAUAGCCGCUGGUCCCACCAAUGAGUCAGUCUGGAUCCAGCUCCUAUUCCAGGUGACUAACCCUGGCAUCAAGUACGAGUACACAAUCCGGAAAGAUGGCUUUGACAAUGAUGUGGAGAAACUGGAGUACUUCUGGCAGUAUGGUCACUGGACAGAAUGCAGUACAACAUGUGGGACAGGUAUUCGCCGGCAGACCAUCCAUUGCAUAAAGAAGGGCCGCGGAGUGGUGAAAGCUACAUUCUGUGACCCAGAAACCCAGCCCAGUGGGAGGCAAAAGAAAUGUCAUGAAAAGGACUGUCCACCCAGGUGGUGGGCAGGGGAGUGGGAAGCCUGUUCAGCGACCUGCGGGCCCCACGGAGAGAAGAAGCGAAUGGUGCUGUGCAUCCAGACCAUGGGUUCUGAUGAGCAAGCUCUCCCAGCUCAAGACUGUCAGCACCUGCUGAAGCCCAAGGCCCUCCUUUCCUGUAACAGAGAUCUCCUGUGUCCCUCAGACUGGACCGUGGGCAAUUGGAGUGAGUGCUCCACCACGUGUGGACUGGGCGCCUAUUGGAGGAGUGUGGAGUGCAGCACCCACAUUGAUUCAGACUGUGUGGCCACUCAGAAGCCUGACCCUGCGAAGAAAUGCCACCUCCGUCCCUGUGCCGGCUGGAAAGUGGGAAACUGGAGCAAGUGCUCCAGAAACUGCAGCGGGGGCUUCAAGAUCCGGGAGAUUCAAUGUGUGGACAGCCGGGACCACCGGAGCCUGAGGCCAUUUCACUGUCAUUUCCUGGCUGGGAUUCCACCCCCACUGACCAUGAUCUGUAACACUGAGUCCUGUGAGGAGUGGCACGUAGAGCCCUGGAGCCAGUGUUCCAGGUCCUGUGGAGGUGGAGUUCAGGAGAGAAGGGUGUCCUGCCCGGGAGGUUUCUGUGACUGGACAGCAAGACCCCCACCCUCUGCACCUUGCAACGAGCACUCUUGCUGUCACUGGGCUACUGGGAGCUGGAACCUGUGCACCGCUUCCUGUGGAGGUGGCCUUCAGAAGAGGAUUGUCCACUGUGUCUCAUCAGAGGACAACAAAACUGAAGAUCAAGGCCACUGCCUGUGUAAUCAUGAACCCAAACCGCCAGAGUUCCAAAAAUGUAACCAGCAAGCCUGCAAGAAGAGUGCCGAUUUGCUUUGCACCAAGGACAAGCUGUCAGCCAGUUUCUGCCAGACACUAAAGUCCAUGAAGAAAUGUUCCAUGCCUACUGUGAGGGCUCAGUGCUGCCUCUCAUGUCCCCAAACUCACACCCAGAGGCCAAGAAAGCAACAACUGCUCAAAAGCCCCAAAUCACACUAA